UGUUUUGUGUUGCAGAAUAAAAUUACAGAAAUGACCAACAAUAGUGAAGAACAACAGACCUCAUCUUCCGGGAGACCAUCAUAGAGGAGACCAUCAUAGAGGUGGUAAUUCAGCCACCAACUCCAGAGGCCAAGGUUGAAUCUGAUGCUCCCCCCGCUGUGAUCACCACUCAGCCAGCACAGCCAAUGCCUGAACACGAUGUCAGCAUUGCUGUGGUCAUGUGGGAAGCCACCGUUACUGGUCGACGCCUCAUCUACGAGAUGGUCAACCUGGGAUCAUUCUACGUGGCACAGUAAGAGAAAGCAGAAGGGCACGAUUUCAACAAGUACGUCAUGCCGUAUGACAAGCUACCGCUGAAUGUAAUUCGCAACUACAAUCUUCGCAUCGUUGACACGGGUCGUUACCGCAUGCUCAAGGAGAUCCGCAACAACAGAAUGCUCAAGUCCAAGAGCGAGGUGGCCGCCUGCAACGAUUUCGCCUCGUGGCUCAUCAAGCUCCAAAAAGAUAAUUUCACCGACAAGAAAAUUGUCUCGUCUUCUUUGAACCACGCCACUCCAAGAUCCUUCAGCUCUUCCUGGCUUUGGAACGUUACCGUCUUCUUGAUGAUGUCAACAAGAUUUUGCUUGGAUGUGUUAAUGGCUUGGGAUCUGCUCGGUCAACAGGACAAGAAAGAUGACGGUGUGGUCGAAGUCAUCAAAGGCAAGAAUGAAGCCGACGUGGAGGAAGUCAUCAAGCUGCUGAAUCAACACCUUGCGAAGCCAGCCAAGCCCGUCUGA